AUGGCCAGAUUCAAGGACUCCAAAUGCGCUUCUUUGCUGUCGAAGCUGGAGACAGCGUCCGAACCAGGUUCAACAAGUGCUCAGCUCAUGUUGACGAACCAUGACCUUAAGCCUGUGGAACCCGCCAGACGUCAAUGGGGGCCAUGGAAUUUUGUUGGGUUCUGGGUUGCCGACUCCUUCAAUAUCAACACAUGGAUGAUCGCCAGCAGUAUGAUCACGGGAAGUGGGCUAGCAUGGUGGCACGCCUGGCUUUGUGUAUGGAUAGGCUAUUCCAUUGCUGCUUGUUUCGUUUGCUUGACUGGUCGGAUUGGUGCAACAUAUCACAUCUCUUUUCCCGUGUUGAGCAGAGCAUCGUUCGGAUUUUGGGGUUCGCUGUGGCCCGUAUUCAAUCGCGCGGGUAUGGCUUGUGUCUGGUAUGGCGUUCAAUGCUGGAUUGGAGGUGAAUGUGUCACAUUAAUGAUCAGAGCUGUUUGGCCAUCGUUCUACACACUUCACAAUGGCAUUCCAGCCUCCGGCACGAAUACUCGAGAUUUUGUCGGCUUCUUCAUCUUUUGGGUCGUAUCAUUACCGGCUAUCUGGUUUCCCGUUCACAAGAUCAGGCAUCUAUUCACAGUGAAAGCAUACUUUGUCCCUGUUGCAGGGAUUGUGUUCUUCGGCUGGGCAAUUGGACGCGCAAAGGGAAUUGGACCGAUUGUUCAUCAGCCGGCCACUUCACACGGCUCUGAGCUCGCUUGGGGCUGGAUUGCUGGAAUCAUGAGCUCGAUAGCCAACUUUGCGACCCUGAUUGUUAACGACGCUGACUUUACUCGGUUCGCCGAAACCCCCAAGGACGCUCUCUGGUCGCAAUUGUUCACAAUUCCGAUCGGCUACGCAGUCACGUCAUUCAUCGGCAUCGUCGUAUCAUCGUCGUCGAAAGCCAUUUACGGCACGGCUAUCUGGAACCCACUGGAUCUUUUGUCUCAAUUCCUCCUCGACGACCCCACAUCCGCCGAACGCUUCGCUGUUUUCCUCAUCGCCAGUGCUUUCGUGCUUGCCCAACUCGGCACCAACGUUGCAGCAAACAGUGUUUCCGCGGGCACCGACAUGACAGCCCUGUUUCCACGGUACAUCAACAUUCGUCGUGGCGGGUACAUUUGCGCACUUGUCGGAUUGUGUAUGUGUCCUUGGAAUCUGCUCAGUUCUUCUAACAACUUCGCGACAUAUCUAUCAGCAUACUCCGUUUUUCUGUCUUCGAUCGCUGGUGUGAUCGUCAGCGACUACUAUCUGGUGCGGAAGGGCUACUUUUCCUUGAAAGAUCUGUAUUCAGUUGAGAAGUCGUCGCCCUAUUUUUACUGGUUCGGAUGGUCAUGGCGAGGAUACGUCGCAUAUCUUUGCGGUAUCGCCAUCAACAUUGUGGGCUUUGUCGGGGCUGUCGGUGUCAAGGUUCCCGUGGAAGCAACAUAUAUUUAUCGCUUCAAUUUCUUUGCGGGCUUCAUCGUCGCCAUGGCGAUUUAUUACCUCUUGUGCUGGAUCAAGCCUGUGCCUGCGACAUCUCGAGUCUGGUGCGAGCAUCUCGAGCAAGCGGAUCGACAGUUUUCGGUAAUGUAUCCUGAUGCCGAAGCGUACGAUGAAGAACGUUUGACCGCUAUGGAUGACUUCUCUGAUGACGAAGAGAAGGAGGUCCUGAAUAGUGACAGGACUUGA